AUGGCCGGCGAAGAAAACCUCACAACCCUCCUCUCAACAAUGGAACCAUUCCUAGAUCCACAAACCUACGUCUUCAUCACCACAACGCAACCCCUCGCCUCACUCCCGCUUUCCACGCUGAACCCACAGCUGAUCGCCCAAGAAGCUGAGGGUACAACGAUAGUCACAACGGAAGAUCUAGCCAUAUUCCACGGAUUCAAGGCCAUGGUUUUCCCGUGCCGCAAAAUCUCGCUGACGAUCCACUCCAGUCUUGAGGCGGUCGGACUAAUUGCGGCGAUUACUGAUCGGCUCAAGGAUCAUAAAAUCAGUACGAAUGUUGUUAGUGGGUUUUUUCAUGAUCAUAUUUAUGUUCCUGCUGGACGGGCGGAGGAUGCGAUGAGGGUUUUGGGGGAAUUGGCGGAGGAUGCGAAGGGCAGGUGA